GGUGUUUGUCUUAUCUGCUUUACUUCAUCCUGUUUUUGCAGAAACAGGACAAAGGUGGAAGAACUGGCGGGAGCCCGCAGCGAUGCUCCCUGGGUCACGCCCUCCUCCGCCGCCACGUCCACUCUGGCCACCAGUCCCACCCUGGCCACGCCCCCACGCCAUCCCGCACCCCUCCCAGCCACACCUUCCUCCCCGCACUGCGCUAGCGCGCUGGUUUCUAAAGUGACCUUGUGGGCGGAACUUCUGCCACUUGCUGGGACCCCUCUAUUUAUUGCCCAGGGUCAGCGCUACUCUGAGGACACGCACUUCCUGCUCUGUCUCUCUGUGCAACUCCGCGGACCCGAUCCGAUCCGAGCCCAAGACCUUCCAAGCGGUUAACCAUGGUGGAGCAGCUGCUGAUACUUCUGUACGCUCUUCUGGUGAGGCACCGCGCCCUGUGCAUCCAGAACAACCUGCUCCUGAAGCAGCUGCGAAUACUGGUGUGUGAGCGGGCCAGGCUGCUGCGCCAGGUACGUCCGCCAAGCUGUCCGGUGCCCUAUCCCUCACGGUUUAGUGGCGAGAGCGGCCGGCUCCCGGAGUUUGUUGUGCAGACCAUGUCUUACAUGCUUGUGAAUGAGGAGCACUUCUGCAACGACGCCAUGAAAGUGGCAUUCUUGAUCAGCCUCCUGUCCGGGGAAGCCGAGGAGUGGGUGAUGCCUUACAUCGAGUCCAAUAGCCACAUCCUUGGUGAUUAUCGGGCCUUUGUUAAUGAGAUGAAGCAGUAUUUUGGCUGGGAUACCGACGAUGAAGAUGAUGAUGACGAGGAGGAUGAUUACUAGGCCGGAGCCCCUUAAGGCCUAGAGUUGGUGUCCUACAAGCCUUCUCCCUCCUACUCCCACCCGCCACUCCUGCUGUUUCCGAGCUCUCCCUUUGCAUCACCAUCCUCUUCCCUGCCAGUUUGUUUGCUCCAUCAUUCUCUUUAGAACUUGUCUUUGUUCCAGUUACCUGCUGUGAGUUGGGCCUGGACCUUGCUCUAAAACUCACUUCCACCCCUAGGUACCUAUCCUAAUCUGAACUGUGUUUGAGUUCCAGCCAUUUUCCAGGUCCCUAUUAGAACUGGUCAGACCACCUGCAUUCCUGCUGCGGACAUCCACUGGAACUCAGGCGAGACAUCCAUCUGCUCAGAAGCAGAUUGCUGACAUUUCACCUCCACUCACCGAAUUUCAUCUGAAGCCAUGCACUUUUCAAGAUAAGGACCGAGAAGAUGAAGACGUUGCUAUACUCGUUCAGACUCUUUGGACAACUCACCAACCCUUGAAGGGGCCAGCCAGUCUUUACAGCCUGGUUAGUUCUGUACUUACUCCCAGGUUCCGCCUCUGCCUGACCAGACUGCUGCCGCAACCUGAUGUGCCUAUCUGACAGUUAAAAUGUUGACAUUUCUUUUCUCCUAUGCAUCAGUUUUCCACAGCUCUUUCAGAACUGCAGCAGCCUCACAGAUGUGUACAUGUGGACAAGGAGUACUAAAAUAAAAGCAAACGGACAGGCAUUCAGCCCAGAUCCUUUCAAGUACUUGGAAAAGCAAUGUAAUUCUUUGCAAUAAAUAUCAAGCACUGCAAAACAGAA